GUACAGUAUGUGUACAUGGUGUGUGUACAUGGUGUUUGUACAUGGUGUACAGUAUGUGUACAUGGUAAACAUGAGAGUAGGCUUUAACCCUGUGAUAUUUGAGGAGCGUUUUGUUGACACGUAGAGUUGUAUUUUACCUGACGGCACACCUGUUGCACUUACCUGUAAUGUUUGUCUCCACAAGUGUAUGACUUCUGUGAUGUGAAAUGUGAUGCUAAUGUCAUCAUGACUUUAAUUUAACUUGCACAUGUAUACUCAGAAAGUUGUCAAUUGAACAUAUUUAAUGCUUAGUUAUUAGAUAAUAUCUAAUAUAGUUUUCACUGUGUGAUUGAAUGUGUUAAUCAUUAACAUGUGUGUGAGAGAGAGUCUGUUGUGUCCUCCAGUAUUAAGGCAGAACAUUGUUGAUGAUGUCCACGCUUUCUGAUCACCAAUAUUUAUGUUGUGUGUCGAUAAAUGUGGUUUGUACAUGAUUAUAUUGAUAAUAAUACUCUUGAUCUUGUGUAUGUGCCUAUUCAUGGUAUGGUAUAUACAUGAAUACGUUAAAAUAUAUGUUUUAAGACUGUGUGUACUAUAUAUUGUCUGAAAAUGUGUAUAUGUCGGAACAGAUUUGAUAAAUGUGAAGGUUAUAAGUAAAAUGUUCCAUUUCCUAAAAGUCAGGGUUCCAGGUAUAUGAGUCAACAUUUUUAUGACAGAGUUGAUAACUUACAUCUUGUGAAAUUUUGUUAGACGAUAUAUUGUAUCAAAUAUGUUACAACAUUUCAAGACCAACUGGUCCCUUAUCCAGCUAACUACGUACAUGUACUGUGGAAAUGGUGACCCUACAGGAGACUUUAUAUGGUGGCUCUCUAUCAGGCUAUAUCUGGUUAUAUUCAUCAGACUAUAUAUGGUGACCCUACAGGAGACUAUAUAUGGUGGCUCUCUAUCAGGCUAUAUCUGGUUAUAUUCAUCAGACUAUAUAUGGUGGCUCUCUAUCGGGCUAUAUCUGGUUAUAUUCAUCAGACUAUAUAUGGUGACCCUACAGGAGACUGUAUAUGGUGGCUCUCUAUCAGGCUAUAUCUGGUUAUAUUCAUCAGACUAUAUAUGGUGGCUCUCUAUCAGGCUAUAUCUGGUUAUAUUCAUCAGACUAUAUAUGGUGACUCUCUAUCAGGCUAUAUCUGGUUAUAUUCAUCAGACUAUAUAUGGUGGCUCUCUAUCAGGCUAUAUCUGGUUAUAUUCAUCAGACUAUAUAUGGUGACUCUCUAUCAGGCUAUAUCUGGUUAUAUUCAUCAGACUAUAUAUGGUGACUCUCUAUCAGGCUAUAUCUGGUUAUAUUCAUCAGACUAUAUAUGGUGGCUCUCUAUCAGGCUAUAUCUGGUUAUAUUCAUCAGACUAUAUAUGGUGGCUCUCUAUCAGGCUAUAUCUGGUUAUAUUCAUCAGACUAUAUAUGGUGACUCUCUAUCAGGCUAUAUCUGGUUAUAUUCAUCAGACUAUAUAUGGUGGCUCUCUAUCAGGCUAUAUCUGGUUAUAUUCAUCAGACUAUAUAUGGUGACCCUCUAUCAGGCUAUAUCUGGUUAUAUUCAUCAGACUAUAUAUGGUGGCUCUCUAUCAGGCUAUAUCUGGUUAUAUUCAUCAGACUAUAUAUGGUGGCUCUCUAUCAGGCUAUAUCUGGUUAUAUUCAUCAGACUAUAUAUGGUGACCCUCUAUCAGGCUAUAUCUGGUUAUAUUCAUCAGACUAUAUAUGGUGGCUCUCUAUCAGGCUAUAUCUGGUUAUAUUCAUCAGACUAUAUAUGGUGACUCUCUAUCAGGCUAUAUCUGGUUAUAUUCAUCAGACUAUAUAUGGUGGCUCUCUAUCAGGCUAUAUCUGGUUAUAUUCAUCAGACUAUAUAUGGUGGCUCUCUAUCAGGCUAUAUCUGGUUAUAUUCAUCAGACUAUAUAUGGUGGCUCUCUAUCAGGCUAUAUCUGGUUAUAUUCAUCAGACUAUAUAUGGUGACUCUCUAUCAGGCUAUAUCUGGUUAUAUUCAUCAGACUAUAUAUGGUGGCUCUCUAUCAGGCUAUAUCUGGUUAUAUUCAUCAGACUAUAUAUGGUGGCUCUCUAUCAGGCUAUAUCUGGUUAUAUUCAUCAGACUAUAUAUGGUGGCUCUCUAUCGGGCUAUAUCUGGUUAUAUUCAUCAGACUAUAUAUGGUGACCCUACAGGAGACUUUAUAUGGUGGCUCUCUAUCAGGCUAUAUCUGGUUAUAUUCAUCAGACUAUAUAUGGUGGCUCUCUAUUGGGCUAUAUCUGGUUAUAUUCAUCAGACUAUAUAUGGUGACCCUACAGGAGACUUUAUAUGGUGGCUCUCUAUCAGGCUAUAUCUGGUUAUAUUCAUCAGACUAUAUAUGGUGACCCUUCAUUAGACCAUUGAUAGUAACAAUGCACGAGACUUAAUAUAUGGUGACCAUACAUGUACAUUAGACCAUAUACCUGUAUGGUGACCCACCAUGAAACUGUGAUUCCCCUUUAGGAAACAAUAGUGGUUCAGUAAGAAUUGUGUCGGUCAGUAUCUGUUACUUUUUAUAUGUAUAAUGGAGCAGUCAAUUCACUGGUUUCCGAUACACCCCAGGAAUUGGUAUUUUAAGAAGGAGGAUUAUCAGUUAAACUCAUCAGCUGCAGAAUUACUGUAGAAUAUGAAAUUAUUGCUGUUUGCAUAAAUUUACAUUAAAUUUGUAGAUUCAUGGUUGUUGUGGAACCAUAAAAUGUUAAUACAGCCAAUUUCUGUACAACUUAACUGACUCAAGUUUAGUGCAAUAGUUUUUGUAAAUGAAAAAUCACCUGCGCAUGUUAUCAUGUGUUACACUACAUUUAUGCGCAUGUAUAAGAGUGGAAUACAAUGUACAAUUAUGACGAGUGAUAAGAGUGUAUAAGAUUACAAUACGUACAUUUGAAUGAUGUAAGAUUUAAGAAAGCAGGUGUUUGUAUUCUGGUCUGGAUAACAAUGUCCCAAUGUUUACUCAUUGACUGUAAUUUGCCUAUGAUCAAUAUAUUUGUGCUGAUGUUAUUGUCAUAAUAAUCACUAAGAGUCCUCAGACAAGUAACCACAGGCUGUGAUAGGGUCAUGUAUAAUUACUCUUUUAAAUUCACUGAUAAUUUUAUCAGGUAUUAUUAGCAAGAAUUAUAGAUUCAGAUAUCUUUCCCAUAACUUUUACUUGGGCACAUUUGAACAGAGAUACACAUAUUGUAUUCGGCUUCCAGAGGGGACUAUAGGUUUACACCCUUGAUGAUCAGUGAGACUCUAUGCUAUCCUCUAAUGACUCUGUCACCUACAAUUGCCAAAAUGUGUAUGCAAGUACAACUUUAAUAGCAAGCAUAAUGGUAUUGGGUCUUGUGCCCCGAUUUGUAUAGAGUUAUUGCCCUUUGAUCGCUUAAAAUAAAAACAGUUUGUGCAGAGGUGGGGGAAUUAUGAUAUGAAUUGCUUGCACUACUGUGUCUUAUUGUUCAUGUAACAGAUACAAAUCCUUGCACAUGAUGUAACACUUGUUGUGAUUGUGUCGGGGAUGACAAUGAUAGCUGUAACUUUUAUCCUGACAUUUUUUCUCGUUUGUCUCGUUUCAAGUAAGUUGGUGAGUCAUGUGAUAAAUGCCAACUUGUUCCCAUUCAUUAUCAUACAUAUGUCAUAAUGAAACGGGAAUUUUGUUUCAGAAAAUAAUGGUAUGCAAUGAGAACUGGUUUGUGACUGUGACGGUCUUCUUAUAGUUAUAAGUCACCAAUGUAUUCCCACACAUGAAUUGUAGAUUAUACCUAGUUCAUGUGGAUGUUUAUAUUACCCAAGUUACCUAGAAUGUUUGUACUGUAUCAUGAGUAAGAAGGGGCCCAGAUUUUCAUGUAAUGGGUGCACUGUAUAUGUACAAGUGUUAACAAAUUAUUGUCAGUACACGUAUAUCCAAAAAUAUGGGCUGCAGCGCCUAUGAAAAUACAAUCAACUUUGAAAGAAACAUAACUUGAUAGGUGAAGCAAGAAAAACUCAUUUUGGUUGCUAGAGUAUCUGUAUAGAAGGGAGAAACAAACGAACCUAUAUAUAUACUCGGAAGUUACAAAAGCUCAGAGAGGAACUCUUCUUCUUGAAGAUAGCUAUUAAUGCAGGGGUUAUAACCCUUUACAUUAGGUAAAGUAACAUUUUUAAAACCGGGGUCUGAUUUAAAAAUUGAUUACAGAUUAGAUGAAGGCGUGGUUGGUACAGGUUCCACUAUAUAAAUUAUGGAGAACAAUUUAAACUUAGCACCUACUCAACAUAUUUCAGUACAGUGUUAGGACUGUACUGAACAUGAGAGUCAAUCUCUCUUAUGAUAACUUUCUUAGUAAUAAAUCUUGUCCCCGAAAUCUUUUGUAACAAAAAUAUGGUCCAUUUAUUAUCAGAAAAUUCAAAUUAAGAUGGUUUCACGGCUAAUCACUUCUGAUAUGUGCCAAUGUGUGCUGUAUGUGUCCUCAAACUGUUUAAUCUUUGUUUCAGUCUCUAUUGUGAUACAAUAAAGUAGAGCCACUAUUUCAACAUGGCUUCAAGUUCAACUAAAAUUACUAGAGGAAAUAGCCCAGUUUGUCUCAAUUAAAGUUUGAUUCUAGCAUCCUGUGAUACCAUUCGAAACCCAGGACAGUUGUGCUGUAGGCUGUUGGCUUAGCAUUGUGUUGUAGGUUAAUUAUACUAUACUUUGGUGUAAGCUGUUGGCUUAGCUUAAUUAUACUAUACUUUGGUGUAGGCUGGUGGCUUUAGCAUUGUGUUGUAGGUUAAUUAUGCUAUACUUUGGUGUAGGUUUAUAGGCUUAGCAUUGUGUUGUAGGUUAUACUAUACUUUGUUGUAGGCUUAUAGGCUAAGCAUUGUGUUGUAGCUAGGUUAUACUAUACUUUGUUGUAGGCUUAGCAUUGUGUUGUAGGUUAUACUAUUCUUUGCUGUAGGCUGUUUGCUUGGAGGUUAAGCAUAAAUAGUGCUGAAGGUUUUGACAUUUAAAUGCAAAAUAGUUGCAACCUUUUAAGACGAUAGCUUGCGUAGCAGUGUAUCCUAUUGCUGAUUUAGUCUUCAGAAACCUCUCCUUUUAGACGAUAAUAUUUAUUAGACAAGUUUCAUAUUUUUGAUGGUCAAGAAUUACAUUGCAUAGGUGACUAUAUAAAUUAUUUCCUAAUUUACCUUAUUAUGUAUAUAUAUAUCGCUUUUGGCUUUCCAUGUGUACUUUAAAACACCCAGAUCAUGUCCAGCUAUAUGCAAAUUAGUGAUACAUAUGAUGUAUUCUGGUUAGCUGUGUUUGUGAAUUAUUUCUAAUCCUGUAUUGACUAUCCAUAAGCAUUACACUCGUUUACAGUGAAAACCUGUUGUACUAUUGUUAUAUUUGUCCUCAAGGAAUCCACCAUCUGUUUUAAGGUACCAUUCAUGAUCAUGUUGUCUUUGUUGUUCUAGGAUUUUAUUUUUUCAUGAUUUAAAAAAAUAUAUCAUUUAUGUUGUAACCCUAAAUGAUGUUUAUUGAAAAAAAUACUUCUAAUCAGAAGACUAGAGUACAGUUGAGGUGAUCACUAGGUGUGGGAUCAAUCAUUAGGUACAGCAUGUGAUGGUGUGGGAUCAACCAUUAGGUAUAGCAUGUAUUGGUGUGGGAUCAACCAUUAGGUAUAGCAUGUAUUGGUGUGGGAUCAACCAUUAGGUACAGCAUGUAUUGGUGUGGGAUCAACCAUUAGGUACAGCAUGUAUUGGUGUGGGAUCAACCAUUAGGUACAGCAUGUAUUGAUGUGGGAUCAACCAUUAGGUACAACAUGUGAUGGUGUGGGAUCAACCAUUAGGUACAACAUGUAUUGGUGUGGGAUCAACCAUUAGGUACAGCAUGUAUUGAUGUGGGAUCAACCAUAAGGGACAGCAUGUAUUGAUGUGGGAUCAAACAUUAGGUACAGCAUGUAUUGGUGUGGGAUCAACCAUUAGGAACAACAUGUAUUGGUAUGGGAUCAACCAUUAGUUACAACAGGUAUUGAUGUGGGAUCAACCAUUAGGUACAACAUGUAUUGAUGUGGGAGCAACCAUUAGGGACAGCAUGUAUUGGUGUGGGAUCAACCAUUAGGGACAGCAUGUAUUGAUGUGGGAUCAACCAUUAGGUACAACAUGUGAUGGUGUGGGAUCAACCAUUAGGUACAGCAUGUAUUGAUGUGGGAUCAACCAUUAUGUAUAGCAUGUAUUGAUGUGGGAUCAACCAUUAGGUACAGCAUGUAUUGGUGUGGGAUCAUCCAUUAGGUACAGCAUGUGAUGGUGAGGGAUCAACCAUCAGGCUUACCAGUAUUUAUCUGGCUCAUUUGAAUGGAUGCUUUAAUCCCAUUUAGGAUAUCAUAUUUACAAAUUGACUGUACUGUUUUCAUAUAUGUAUAUAAUGUUCAGUGUUAUUUGACUAGAAAUCUGUUUUCUGUAAUUAAUAUAAAUAACACUGCCAGGAUGAUUAAGGUGUAUACAUUAUCAGCAUGGUGCAAGACAAUUAUACUGACUGUAUUUUAAAGAUGACAUCCUGGUUUCAUUAAUGGGUUUAUAAUGUGGGACAUCAAAAAGGUUACCUGGUACACAUUGGGUGUAUAGUUUAAACGUGUAGCUACAUUUGUACGCCAUCGGAGUAGUAGUAGCCCUGUGUACAGCCAGUCUUGUGCUUGUUAAUUAUCUUAUCUUAGCCAGCUUGAAAUUAUGAAAUUUAAAGCAUGUUAUUUUGUAUGUAGCCAGGAACUGCGAGUGCACAUUCUGCAAUUUGUUGUGAUGCAAAACUUUGUGAUAUUUUGACUUUUGUUAAAACAUUUUCUUCUCUAUGUAGUACAUGUACACAUGUGAUAAAACAAAUAUUUUUGUGAUCCACAAUUAGUCAGUUGUAAGAAAGUGGAAUGACGUAAGGAAUGUUAAAAAAAUCAUAUGUAAGGAAGGUGUGUUAUAGGUCAGAGAGAGGGGGUAAUGGAGUGGGGUGUAGAGAGAGGGUAUUGGAGUGGGGUGUAGAGAGAGGGUAUUGGA